AUGGCAGAGAAGAUCAUAGCCAAAGCAGUGAAAUUGGAGAAUCCGGAUGCUGAUUUUGAGACUUUGAAGGACUUGAUGGCCAAGGCAAAGCCUGACGACGAGGUCCCGUAUCUUGGACCCGAAACUUAUGUCCGUCUUUACCAGAAAGGCCCUACGGUUGAAGGUGUCAAGUGGGGCGUAGCUUGGGCUAAUGGUGAUGACUCUACAGCUCGUAAGUGGGUUGUGGCUGUUGAUACUGCUGCUGGCAAGGUUUACGUUGAAACAGGACCAACAGGUCCGGUUGAUUGGAAUGUAGUUGAGGUGAAACUGGGUAUGUCCGGAAACAAAUCUGAGUACACUGACCCGAUUCUUGGAGGCGAGGUAGUGGCUACGAUUGAUGGUCUCCAGUCAUAUGCACAAUUCCGUUGA